AUUGACAAUCUAUCGGACUAUCCAUGGGGACUCUUUAUGGGGCGUGUUUUUUUUUGCAUUUCCUGAUCACAAAAACAAUAAAAUCAAUUGUUUUUUCCUUUAUCCAGUGAAUAUUCGUGAACAAAUGAGUUGGUGAAAUCGUAGUAGUCUGUGGAAGAAGAGAAUUUCCUGGAAAUCAAGAAGUUCCACAAGAAGGCCGCGAGAUGUGUGGAAAAUUGUCAGAGAAUCUGGAAUUUUGGAUGACGAAUCUUCCGGCAUCUCUCAAGGAUAUUCCCAUAAUUAAUUUAGCCAUUCCGGGAACGCAUGAUUCCAUGACGUACGAUAUGCGAGCCCUCAGCCCAGUGGCUCCGGAUGCCGAGGCGUGUGUCCAUGUGCUGCACAAAUUCAUUCCGUGCGUGAUUAAACGAUGGGCUGUGACGCAGAAGCUAUCGCUGAGGGAGCAGCUGAAGAAUGGAAUAAGAUAUUUGGAUUUCCGGAUUAGCUUCCGGCGCCCCGAAGAGAAAUACUUCUUCGUUCACGGGCUGUACUGCGAGGAGAUCAUUGAUCCACUGCAGGAGGUACGGGAUUUCCUGGACACACAUCCAGGGGAGGUGAUAAUCCUGGAUAUUCAGCACAUGUAUCAGUUUGAGGAGAAGAAUCACACCGAGCUCAUGGGGAUGCUGCAGAAGAUUCUGGGAGAUAAAUUGUGGCCACGCGAGGGGAAUGUCCUGUCCCGGUGGACUCCACAACUUGCUGAGGAGUCCGGGAAGCAAAUUGUGAUAAUCUACAGGAAUCCUCUGGGUGCCAAAGUGGGGGAAUUCUGGACGAGUGACGAUUGGCCCACACCCUGGCCUAAUCAGACAAAUGUGAGUAAAUUGCAGGAAUUCCUCGAACGGGGUCUCCUCACGCGUUCCCCCCACCGUGGCUACGUCACACAGUGCGUCCUCACGCCCAAUAUCUCCUACACCGUACCGCGUUUCUUCUCCUCCCUCCAGCGCACGUGCGCACGCAAAGUUUUCCGCAAACUCCUCACGUGGAUUGCCAGCCAAAAGCCCGGUGAGUGGCGUCCCGGAGAAGCAGCCAGAGUUAAUGUUUUUCUAGCGGACUUUGUAGAGAUUCAGGAUAGUGAAUUCUGCAAGAUUGUCGUUGAUCUCAAUUUAAAAUUAGCCACUGAAACGAUCAUCACGAUGGAAUCUUCAGCAUAAAAGCUGCCUAAAAGCUCUCCACGAUAAUUUGUGAUAUUAUUUUGUUAAAUUUUUAAGUUAUUUUAUAUUAAUUUUUAGUAAAAAAGAACCAAAAAACGUUAAAGAAUUAAUUUUCUUUUAAAAAUUCAAACAAAAAAAUUAGAGGCAUUGUGUAUGGAAUGUAUAGUAAGGAAAUUCAAAAAUUCAGUCAAAGACACAAACCCAGAAUUUAUCAAAGCUCCACACCAAAUUUUAAAACAGGAUUUAUGCACAAAAGGAAUAAAAAAAGGAAGAGAAAAUCUGAAUAGUUAUGGAAUGAAGUAAAAAAAAAAGAGAUUUUUCGCGAGAAAAUCGAUGAUUAUGAUCAUUUUUUCAAUGAAAAUCAGGUAAAACUCUGAUUUUGUUAGAUAGAUUUUGAUAAAAACGAUAAAAGAGCAUUCAUAAAAAGUUUUGACCUUGAUUUUCUUGAUUCUUAAAUCGUUUUUAAUUAUUAAUUUUUCAUUUAUCAAAUUGUUAAAAAUCAAGAAAUCAGAAUAUUGAGUUUUUGAUUUUUUUGUCCCGAAAGUUUUGCUGAUACAAUUCGUAAGCUGAAUUUAGAAAAAUUGGGAAUGUUUUACAAAAUAAAUUCGUAUUUGGUACUUGACCACCCUAAAAUGUAACCAAACUUUUUGAUGCUUAAAGUUAAGUUUUUAUACUAAUAAAUUGAAUAUUUUACAAAGGAUUCUCCUGAAGUUCCCGAAGAGAGAUUUGAAAAUAGUUUUGUCAUGUGCUCAAACAGAUCCUAUUUCACCAUUCAAGAAAAUAUAAAUAAAAAUUACCUCAUUCAAUUUCUUAAGAUUUUCUCUUCAAAGUAUGUACAACAAUAAUUAGUAAGACUGCCUAAUAAACUCAUUUUCUGCUGAUAAUAUUCAUUUUUUUUUGCUUUUUAUGUGUUAAAUUGACAAAGUAACUAAAUAAUUAUGUCUUUAGUCAAUAAUUUAACCAUUCCAAUGAAGAAAAAAUUCCAAAUAUUUUACAAGUUCAAAAAAAUAGAUAAUUUGUGCUAACUUAUUAAUAAGACGAUCAAGCCUAUUGUAUUUAUAUCGAAGAGCCAAUUAUAUUACAAUGUGCAAGAUAAAUGCGUCCUAAAUGUAGAAUUUAUGAAUUAAUUCUUAAAUAAAGGCGUCCGUUGUAGACUAAAAUUAAA